UUCCAUAGAAUAUCCUCUGCAUUUUUGGUAAAUUUUACCUGAGAUAAUCCUCUGGAAUCCCAUUCUGUUUAAAAGCUCAGCUUCUUGUGUUUCUGGUAAAAAUCGCUUUGUAUCGUUUCAUAGGGAUUGUUGAUAAUUUAGGAAAAAAAUAAAUAGAGAACCGUUCAGGUUAGUUUAAUACAAUUUUCUUCAAGUCGAUCUAACACGACCUUGGACCGACUCUAAAUUCUUUUUAAUUAAUAGUUUUCUAUGUCAACCAUUGCAUUGCAUGAAUUUGUACAUUUUGUGGCAUGCACGUUUGUAAUUUCCAGAAGGGAAUAUCACUAAUGGAAUUAUGGCAGUUGCUGUUGCCGAAUGAUCUGAGACGUAAAAAGGAAUUAGUGAUUCAGCGCUGCAUUCAGAAUUAGAUUAUAGGGUAGCUAAGUCAUGAUCGUUUGAAGCGGAUGCCUCCUUAGAAAACCGUUAUCAGCACCUACAGAUUACAAAACACAUCGAUCGUUUCAUCGAAUCAAACGUAAACAGAAGGAGUUGCACUUUGCAAUCUACAGUACACUGCCAGUCAUAGUUAAUAUUUUUAUGAGUGAAGUGCAGUCGGUUGGUUCGGCGCAUUAAAAUGAAUAAUCUCCUAUCGAUUGGUAUCAUCAUACUGAUCCACGUGACAGCCAGCUUUGCCAAAUUGUACCCAUGCGAUCGAAAGCAAACACUAUCCUCCUGUUACAUCGAGAACAUCACCAUCGGCUCCAACGAGAACCAUGGAUCCGUUCGAUUCGAGGAAGUUCGCCGGCUGAUAAUAGAAUUCGGUACCAUUCCAACAUUUUCGCAAGAUCUAUUUGCAAACCUAGCAGAGGCCGAAUCCCUUUCCCUCAAGGGCGGACACAUCGUCUCGGUUGACUUCAAUUCGGACACACUCAGCUCCCUGCGGAUUGACAAAACUGGGCUGCAAAACCUGAGCAUAGCCCCAGUACCGAAUUACAAUUUGGACACGCUGCUCAUAAAUCGCAACCUUCUGACGGCGCUCCCGAAAACGAUUCGCUACCUGUUUGCUCUUUCGAUCCUGGACCUAUCGCAAAACCGUAUCGAGUACGUCAAUCUGAACUGGUUCCAACAGAUGGACAACCUGCUGAUCCUGGACCUCUCGUGGAACCAUAUCGCACGGAUGGACGCCACUUCCGACCUACGCCUGGCGAAAUUGAAAAACUUGUUUGUCAACUUCAAUCACCUGUCGCAAAUUCCUUGGUUCCCAAUCGGCUUUCCCACGUUGGGACGGAUUCGCCUGGCCGACAACUACUGGAAUUGCGCGUGGGUGGCGUCCAUGAGACCGCAGAUUUGGGAUCGCCACAUUCAGCUCUUCGAUUCGGAUGGGGCUUGCAGUGAGAAAAGUGAGGGUGGGCUGUGCUGCUACGAUCAGAUUCCGGUGGAGCUUCCGGCAAGAUAUGAGCUGAUUGAGAUUGAAUUUCAACAGCAACCGAACGGGCUGGCGUUCGAAAAGAUUUCCGAGCGUCCACAGAUGUUGAUGGCAGAACCGGAAACGGAGAAAUCAGAAGGAACUUGUGCAGAAAGGGAGGAGAAGGUUCGAACGUUGCAGAAGGAGAAGCUGGCGUUGAUGAAGGAGAAGGUAGAAAUUGAGCAGCAGUUUGCGAAGAAGGCAACUUCAUUGCAGGAGAUUUUGCGAACCGUGCGGGAGGAUUUAGAGGCGUCGGAAAAGGAGUUGUCGCGAUAUAGGUACCAAGAGAGGUUGGAUUUGAUCAGGAAGACAAGUGGGCUGAAAACGGAGAAGAGAUCGAGCCCGGUUGUUGGAGUGCGAUAAACUAAAUGUAAUUAUAAUGGGUCAUUCUGCACCAAGUGUCCGAGGCAAGCGAA